CAUCUCUCUCUUUCUUUGUCCCUCUUGUACAUCUCGCUUCCUUUAAAUUAUCAACAAAAAGAAUUUUCACAGAUAAGGGCUUCAAUUUUUCGCAUAUUGCUUCUUCGAUACCUCCCAAAAAUUGAAAAAUUUCUAAUGAGUACCGGCAACGGAGAUGCUAGUUCUACGGCGGCGGCAGACUGCGAAGGUGUUACGAUUAAUAUCCGAUGUUCAAGCGGGUCGAAAUUUACGGUUCAGGUUAGACUUGAUUCAACGGUUGGAUCGUUUAAGUCGAAACUUGCAGAACACGCAAACAUUGCUGUUGAACAACAGAGAUUGAUCUAUAAAGGUCGGAUCUUAAAGGAUGAUCAAAUUUUACAAAGUUACGGUCUGGAGGCGGAUCACACUGUUCAUUUGGUUCGAGGUUCUGCCCCAGCUCCCUCUGCAAACCCUGGAAGUGCAACCAAUGCUGGAGGUCCAAAUACUGUUCAGAAUGCACCACGAGAUGCUGCUUCUGAUGCAGGUGGACCAUUUCCAGGACCAGGCCUUGGAGCUUCAAUGUUUCCUGGUCUUGGAAGUGCUGCUGGUGGUGGUGGUUUGUUUGGAGCUGGGCUUCCAGAUUUUGAGCAAGUCCAGCAGCAGUUAACUCAAAACCCCGACAUGAUGAGAGAUAUGUUGAAUAUGCCUCUUGUUCAGAAUUUAAUGAAUAACCCUGAAACCAUCCGCAACAUGAUCAUGAACAAUCCCCAAAUGCGAGAGAUCAUGGAUCGUAAUCCUGAGCUUGCUCACGUACUCAAUGAUCCUGCUACUCUUCGACAGACAAUGGAGGCUGCACGAAACCCUGAAAUUAUGCGUGAGAUGAUGCGCAAUACAGACAGGGCCAUGAGCAAUAUUGAAUCUUCUCCUGAGGGAUUUAACAUGCUGAGGCGUAUGUAUGAAAAUGUCCAGGAGCCAUUCCUAAACGCAUCAACAUUGUCUGGAGAUGCAAGAAAUGAUGUGGGGUCUAACCCAUUUGCAGCUCUUUUGGGAGCACAAGGUGGUGGACAAGGCAGACAGCAGUCAAACAAUCCUCCAACUACUGGUUCUGAGACAACUGAUAAUGUGCCUGCCCCAAAUACUAAUCCACUUCCUAAUCCUUGGGCAUCUGCAGGCACUGGAGCUGCCCAAGCCAAUACCACUGCUAGGUCAAAUACUGCUGGCGAUACCAGGGCUGCACCACCUGGCUUAGGUGGGCUUGCUUCCCCAGGUUUGGAGCAAAUGCUAGGUGGCAUGCCUGGUACAGGUGGCAUGCCUGAUACCACUUCUCUAAAUCAAAUGAUGCAGAACCCUGCCGUCUCACAAAUGAUGCAAUCUCUCCUUUCAAAUCCUCAGUACAUGAACCAGGUUUUAGGGCUGAACCCACAACUUAGAAGCAUGCUCGAUUCCAACCCACAGCUUAGAGAAAUGAUGCAAAAUCCUGAAUUUAUUCGUCAAUUGACAUCACCUGAGACAAUGCAGCAACUUGCGACUUUUCAGCAAGGGCUUGCAUCUCAACUUGGGCAACAGCAAACAAACCAACAGCCGGGGCAAAAUGCUGGUGGAGCAGCACUUGGAAACCCGGGAAUGGAAAUGCUUAUGAACAUGUUUGGUGGACUUGGGACCGGGGGCUUGGGUGUCCCCAACAGACCUAAUGUGCCCCCAGAGGAAUUAUACGCUACUCAGCUAACGCAGUUACAAGAAAUGGGUUUCUUUGACACUCAAGAAAAUAUCCGCGCACUGACUGCUACUGCAGGCAAUGUUCAUGCUGCAGUAGAGCGACUUCUCGGAAAUCUUGGACAGUAGUGUCAGUAUUCUCUUCUAUAGGACAACACAGCAGCUGAUGGGGUCUUAUCUGAUGAAAUUGAUUGAUUUCAGACACAAGCAGCGUCAAAUCUUGUCGGAAAUAAAUAUUCGAAAGUUUAAUUUUUCAGACUCAUGUCACGUGCCCCACUCUCGUUUCACUUGGACUAACAAGGAAUUUGAUGGAAGACCUAGUUCUUGAGUUGCCUGUACAUGCAAUGUUAAAAUUGGUCCCAUAAAUAGUUCGCGAACCCCCGUUUCUUCUGGCAUCUCUUUUAUGAUACACCAGGCUGAAGAGAUCUUCUUGACGCUAAGUUAUUUUUUCAGCUGUAGUCAUAUAUCUCAACCCACUUAUAACUCAAAAGCUGCAUAAUGUAUUUCAUUGUUUGUAUGUUACUGGAAUAUUUAAGUGCAGGUUUUUGUUCUCUUGA